CUCUAAAUAAUCCAGCAUGUCCUCUAGCGGUCCGUCACUUUCCGCAGGGUCCGUUAUUUUGCUUCAUUUGUCCGCAAACGAGCUACAUAAAAAUGCCGCAGAGUUUCUUGUAGCUUGUUUAUGUGUGGCUGCGUGAGAAACGUUCCCAAUUCAGAGUUUAAUAAUGUCUUUAAAAGACACAGAGAAGAUCUUUCCCUCUUUCAUAGAAAGAUGGCAAUGAAAUUAUAAAGCAUGAGUGUAGAAGACUGUCCAUAUUGUGGAAAGCCCUUCAAGAGGCUGAAAACCCACCUCCCUCACUGUAAAAUGGCAGCAGUUGCACAACCCAAGAAAAGCAUUCAAGCACCCAAAGAACCAAGUUCAACCACUUCCAGACAGAAGAUCCUUAAAAAAACAGCAUCAACAGAAAUAAAUAAUGUCAUAUUUGAUGAAACACUAACCUCCAAAGGAAGAAGGAAAGAAGAUAAUCACAAUGCAGACAGUCUUCUCACAACUACUGUGGUCAAAGUCCCAUCAGCUGAAACUCUGAACACGGAGAGACCUACAAGCAAAUGGCUUGCUAAAAGACAGAAGGAACUUGAGAGAUUACAGCUGUUAGUGCCAGUCUCAAAGAAGCCAAGCAACCCUACCUCAUUAUCUGACAUUGAAAUAGAUAAAAGCUUUUGUGAGAUCUCCAAAAGACCAAAUCAGGGAACAUCUCAAAGUAAUGGAAAAAGUACUAAAGACAAAAAGAAACCAAAGAUGGCGCCAUUAUCAGAGCAGUUGUCCAUCACCAAGAGUAAAAUCAAUACCCCUGGAUUUGUUCCAGCCAUUCUGAAAAACUCUAGCCUCCCAUCUGAGUGCACUGUGCAACAUGAAAAUCCAGACCUUCAGAAAGUUAACUUCUUGGAGGAGCCUGAAAGACUGAACAAGGAUUUUGAUCUAGAAUCAAGAGCGAACGAGCAUAAUAAAGCUCAUACUUUCUUUUCAUCCAAGACUUCAGUGUGGGACCACAUCAAUGACAGUUUGUAUUACAAGAGGUCUUAUAAUCUGUUUGUGCCUUAUCCUAUUAUGGAAACAUCUAAAGAUUCUUCUCUGGCGACCAAAGUGAUUUCUGAUGAGCAACAAUCAAACAAACCUGAAACAGCAGUUACCAAGCUUGCCGUUCCACCUUCACCCACUUUAUCUGGAAAAGUCAUUCAUCAACCUGCAGAAGACAUCCUAAACUCAAGACUGCAAGGUGUUAGAAGUCUGUCAUGGAGUCCAGAGAUAGUGACUGCUUACAACAGAAUACAGUUCUCCACAGAACCUUUAGGCAGCUAUGCUAAUGAAAGUAAUUGGAUUAAGGAUCAAUCUGCUGGACCAGCGAACCAAAGUGAAGUGCAGCGGAAACUUGGAGAUGUCAGACUGAAUGAACUUGGUGUCUGGCUUGGUGCUCGAACUCCUCUGUCACCCAGAGAGAUUGUGACCAUGUUGAAGCAAGGAUGGCAGUGGUACUACAGGAAGUAUAUUGAUGUUCGGAGAGGAGGAAUUGGUGGGAUAUCCAUGCUGUUGACUGGAUACUGUGUCCUGUGUUACAUAUGGAAUUACCCACAUCUCAAGAAAGAACGCUGGAGGAAGUACCAUUAGGGGCGUUUGGUGGUCUUCAUAAUUGUAGCACACUUUGGAGAAGCAGCAGCUUUGUGUUUAGGGCGAUGAGGGCAUAAUAAGCUUAAUAAUUAAUAUGGCAAGAUUAUAACACCAGCAACUAGUAGUUCACUACAAUAUUAGGGUUGCUUGUAUUUUUGUUAGAAUUAUUAUGAAUUCUCUGGGAGAUAAUGGGGGAUAAUGGAGUUAUUUAACUUAAAUAUGUUUAAAUGUUCAUUUAUUUGCAAACAAAGAGAAUUUGUAUAAUUUUGAAAAAUUGUACUAACAAGUUUUCAUUUUGUUAUUGUGUAACCAAGCAGUGGAUUUAAAGGGAUAGUUCACCCAAAAAUGAAAAUUC